AUGGCGCCCGUGAUACCAUACACGUACAUCCAGUGUCCCUGCUCCGACAACUCACCGCCCGAUCAACAAACCCCCCAAACACCAACCUCCGCUUCCGCAGAGCAUACCUUCGACCCCCACGAUCCACGCUCAAACUACAGCCUCUACCCACUAGAGUACCUUCUCUACUGCGAAGACUGCCAGCAGAUCCGAUGUCCACGAUGCGUUAACGAAGAGAUCGUUACGUACUAUUGUCCCAACUGUCUUUUUGAGGUUCCGAGCAGUAACUUGCGGAGCGAGGGAAACAGAUGCACUCGAAGUUGUUACCAAUGUCCUAUUUGUAUUGGACCUGUUCAGGUCAUGGCCAUACCCAACGAACCGAAACCAGGCGCAGAUCCCUCGGUGCAACCCAAAGACGAAUACGCUUUAUACUGCCAGUACUGUAACUGGACAUCGACCGAGAUAGGCAUCGACUUUGAACGACCGAGUGGUAUCUUCACACAACUCUCCAAGGUCAACAACGGCGGUGGCAUGAAGCUCACAGCCAAGGAUCUCAAGGAACGUCGCAAGGCUCGACCAGAUGAGCCUCCACCUCCGCUCGCCGACCACGAGGUCGAUGCGGACCUUCAGUACGCCAACUUGAAGUCAUUCUACCAAGGGCAGUUGGCGGACUCAAAUGCUUCUAGUGGGGUGGGUUCGCUCAACGACAGUCUGGGCUUCAAUUCACCUGCCGCGUUGACGAGAAUUAUGGCUAUGUACACUGGUCAUGGUCACUCUCGCAAGCGCAACGGUCCCUCAGAUGUCAUGCGGGAGGCUCUUUCGCCAGAGGAAGGUCUCAAGUUGGCCGAUCUGGACGAAUCUGCCCAGAUCAAGAAAUUGCACCAAGAGGGUCUGGACUCGACAGCUACCAUUGAGCAAAACCUUCAACAAGCAGAGACACAGAGAUUCCAGGAUGGUCUACGUCCUAUACCAUACCUCCUCCGGACAAAGCGCUCCAAGCGUUGCUCUGUGUGCAGACACAUCAUCUCCAAACCAGAAAACAAGGUCACCUCGACACGAUUCAAGAUUAAACUGGUCGCAAAGUCGUACAUACCAACCCUCACCAUCCGACCCCUCAACCCUACAGUCCUACCUGUACACUCCACCCUACGUCCCCAAAUCCAAGAGGAGCCUGCCCUCAAGCCUCUUACUCCGCACCACUACAUCGUUACCUUCAAGAACCCUCUGUUCGACGAUAUCAAGGUUACACUUGCCACACCAAACAGCACGCCAGGCAGAUUCUCAAGCAAAGUCACCAUCUUGUGUCCGCAGUUUGAGAUUGAUGCCAAUGCGGAGGAUGUGUGGGAUGAUGCUCUGAGGGGUGAUGACCGGGAUAAGAAGCGUAAGGGUGAGGAGAGCAGUGGACAGCCCGAGGCUGGUAAGAUUUGGGAGCGAGGACGUAACUGGGUCAGUAUCAUUUUAGAAGUGGUGCCUGCUUCGCUACAACUGGAUGAUAAGGUGAAGGACCAGAGUCCUCUGAAGGAAGACGAGGACAUUCUGGAGAUCCCUAUGUUUGUGAGAAUGGAGUGGGAAGCUGACUCCCAGCAAGAUGUCGUCGGCGGAGCGUCGGCAAAGGAAAAGGAAGGCCAGGAGAAGCGAGAACUUGCUUACUGGUGCGUACUAGGAGUUGGACGCAUCGGAAACCAUUAA